CCGACGCGAGCGCGGCGGACCAAGAUGGCGGUGCAGGUGGUGCAGGCGGUGCAGGCGGUGCAUCUGGAGUCGGACGCCUUCCUGGUGUGUCUCAACCACGCUCUGAGCACCGAGAAGGAGGAGGUGAUGGGGCUGUGCAUCGGGGAGCUCAACGACGACACCAGGAGCGACUCCAAAUCUGCAUAUACUGGGCCUGAAGUGCGCACCAUUGCUGAAAAGGUGGACACCGUGAGAAUCGUUCACAUUCAUUCGGUCAUCAUCUUGCGACGCUCUGACAAGAGGAAGGACCGGGUGGAGAUCUCCCCCGAGCAGCUGUCCGCGGCCUCCACGGAGGCAGAGAGGUUGGCUGAACUAACUGGCCGUCCCAUGAGAGUUGUGGGCUGGUAUCACUCUCACCCUCACAUCACGGUGUGGCCUUCCCACGUCGAUGUCCGCACACAGGCCAUGUACCAGAUGAUGGAUCAAGGCUUUGUGGGGCUUAUUUUUUCAUGUUUCAUAGAAGAUAAAAACACAAAGACUGGCCGGGUGCUGUACACUUGCUUUCAGUCCAUCCAGGCCCAAAAGAGCUCAGAGUACGAGAGAAUUGAGAUCCCCAUCCACAUCGUGCCUCAUGUCAGCAUUGGCAAGGUGUGCCUGGAGUCGGCCGUGGAGCUGCCCAAGAUCCUGUGCCAGGAGGAGCAGGAUGCAUACAGGCGGAUCCACAGCCUUACACAUCUGGACUCAGUGACCAAGAUACACAAUGGCUCAGUGUUUACGAAGAACCUGUGCAGCCAGAUGUCAGCGGUCAGCGGGCCUCUCCUGCAGUGGUUGGAGGACAGACUGGAGCAAAACCAGCAGCAUUUGCAGGAGCUGCAACAAGAAAAGGAAGAGCUUCUGCAAGAACUUUCUUCUCUAGAGUAACGCAGCAGACAAGACAGGUAACCACGGAUGCACGAGCGGCCUGAGGACGUGAGAAGCACGAGCCGAGGGAGCCCGACUCCUACAGCAGCCACAGGCGUUGCUUUUCUCUUCCUUUUCCUUCUUUCUCUCCAGAUCACUGCUAGUCCAGAACCACCUGUACAGAGUCACCUGGAGGUCAAACUUCUUAUCUGGGAGUGGGAGCCAGAAAUCUUCAUGAACCCCCAGCCCAUGCCAACUUUGCCACCCACGCUCCCAGCACAUGGAAGGGCACCGUCUCCUCUCUCGUCUCCCACUGUUGUCAUAUAAAAUUAAGCCAAAUUGACUCUGAAGAGGAAACACCUGGAGGACUGUCCUGCCCUGGCCGCAGUCACGACAGUGACCUCGACAAAGGUGCAGAAGCGAGGCAGAGGCGGGAGGCCUUCUCCCCUGGGGGUGCCGGGUGAAUAGGACAGUACAGGUGAAAAGUGAGCCCUCACCUAAACUUCAUACCUUACGCCAAAAUUAAUUCACAAUGUAUCAUGGACUUGAAUGCGAUGUGUAAAACUAUGAAAGUUCUAGAAAAAUUCACAGGGGUAUCCGCAGAAUCUUGGGCAACAUGCUCUUGGCCUUCAUCCCAAAAGCACAACCUUAAAAUGAAAAGGGUGAUAUAUUUGAGUUCAUCAACAUCAAAGACUUUUGCUCUGCAACAAUUUUGAGAAAGCAAGCUAUGGACUGAGAGAAAUCACUUGCAGACCAUGGGUCUGGGAGGACACCAGAUGCGCCUACCGUGGACACGCAUCUUACACGUUGUUGGUGAGAGUGUGAGUGAAAGGCGUUUGAAGUGUCUCGUCAAGUGAAACACACACCCUUAACCACACGCCCAGCAGUUGUACUCUGUACACAUCCCAGAGACAUGGAAGCCUGUCUUGGCUCAAACACCGGGACACGAAUGUUUUUAGCAGCUUAUCUGUAGUGGCCGCAGAGCGGAAGCAGCCCGCCACCCUGCAGCUGAGCGCGGUGCGUGGCCCCACCGUGCAGCCAUGGGCGGCUCCUUCGCAGGGAGGAGGACUGGCAUGCGAUGCACACGACGCACACAGGCGCAAGGUCAGCAUACGACCGCACUUACUGACAUUCUUCAAGUGGCAAAAUCACGGAUAUGAGCACAUAGUGGUCGCAGGGGUGGGGCCGGAGGGUGGGACACCUGUCUCGUGCACACCCCUAAUGUGAAUGCACGUGAAAUCUGGUGAAACUCAAUAAAGUCUGGUCUA